GCCCCCACGAAAUGGCGCUUCCUCCCCUCGGUGGGGACCUGGGUGCUGCCCAAGCCGCUCCUGGUUGCGCAUGCGCCGCCCGGCAAGGGCACGCCCAAGAAGUCUCCAGUAGCAAGCGGCGUCACACGCAAGGCCCCUGCGAAACUGAUGACCACAAAGCCGGCUGCCAAUGUCCCAUCUCCCCAGAUCCAGCUGCGCCGGCCUCGCCACACGGCGCCGGCGAUUUCGCCUGUGACGGGCGCAUCGGCGGCGAAGCCCGGGGUGCAGGCAGUGCCAUCUCUGACUAAGAAGACGCUGUUGACGAAGUCUGCCUCAGCGACGCUGACGCGGUCAGUGGAUGUUAAGGCAUCGCCGACGGCGAACACCAAGGCAGCCACCCUGGAAAAGCCGGCUACAAAGCCCGGCAGCCCCAACGUGCCCCGGGUGGCUGCCACAGUGCGUGUUAGUGGGAAAGCCAUGAGCACCGCUGAAAUUGAGGCGCAGCGGAUCGAGGAGAAGCGCAAGCAGGCGCGAUUCUUGGCCGAGCGCAAUGCGCGGCGCAUGAAUCGCCUCACCGACGCCCCCAAGGAACAGCUGCAGAAGGAGCAGGCAGCCUCUGCGGACACUUCCACUGGGGUCACGACGCCCUCGCCCCCGAGCUCGGCCCCGGCGCGUCUUCCGGGUGCCACGAGGCGCAUCGCGAAACCGGUCGGACGGCCGGGCGCUCCGCAGCAAAAGGAAGCCGCCGCAGAGGCCACGAAGGCCCCGACCUCCGCCUCAGCGGCGAAAGGAGGCGCCCGCAUCGCCACGGCACCGACGCCCACUCGCAACGUACGCGUUUUGCCGCAAAGGAAGAGUCCCACGGCUACGAGCUCAGCCGCGACGGCCCCAAAGUCGCCAGUGACCGCUGCCGCUGCCAAACCGGCUUCCUCCAGUCCGCGCACUGCCGCUGAGAUCGCCAAGCAGCCGAAGAUGCGCCCAGCCUCUCCCGGGGCAGGUGUGAAAAAGGCGCCUGCCAAAGCCGUACCCGCGGCGAAGUGA